AUGAUACUCCAGCUCGUUCGAUUCUACCCCUUUGGGGCAUUUGUCGUCUUCACGGCCCUUUCUAGCUAUCUAGCCUUGCAGCCGCUCCCUUCGAGUGUGCCGCUCAUUGCCUUCCUGUCCAUCCUUCGACUGGAGACAACUCUGGUCAUCCACCGACCCUGGACUUUCGUUCGCCUGGUGGCAAUCUGGGCCGCUAUAUUCAUUGGAUGCUUCUUCUCCUUUGUCGGCUUGAGGUUUGGCUCACCAGAGGCGCCAGUGGUAACGGCUAGCUACGCUGUUAUAUUCUCGCUUCUGGGCCUGUUCAUAGUCGUCCUUGCCGCAUAUUGUGGUUCCAACAAUUUUGUAUUCCCUGCGCUUUGGGCAACCUGGUGGCUGGUGAUUGCCCAAAUGAGUCCGGUCGGUCGCCUUGGAGCCUGGAGUCCGCUGAUAGGGGACGAUACCUAUAGCUGGCUUCGUCCCCAUGUCAGCGACUUUGGGAUUGACUGGAUAGUUGGCGCAAGCGCGGAAGUCCUCUCAUGUUUCGUUACAUGGCAUGUCCUUGGGUUCAAUCAAAGGCAUCAAAACGAUGAUGGAAAUGAAAGGAGAGAUCACCGAAACGAAGAAGGGGAUCUACAAACCGAACGUGUGGAUUCUGGCCGAGUGAAAUUUCUACUCUUCAUCCUGAUUGCGCUCUCCUUUCCAUCAUCCCUUACCGAGCUCCUCCCUGAGCCACUACACGAAGACAAUCGACACGAUGUCGGCGUCUCGUGCGUCCUGCCAGACCUUAGCGGACCAAGAACUUCAUUUGACGCCUUUAUGAACGAGACUGCUAUCGUCGCCGGUCGUGCCCACGUUGCGCUCUGGCCUGAGGAUGCGGUUUUCUUUGAAACCGAACAAGAUAAAGAAACUGGACUCAUUAAAGCUCAAGAACUCAGUCACCAAUAUGGGAUCUUCAUUGGAGUUUCCUUCCUCGAGCCAUUACUAGAGGAAGGUGAGGACCGCGGAAAGAGACGCAGUGGGACUGUCCUUGUUGGCAAGGAUGGUGUCAUGGCCGAGUAUUACGGAAGACAUCCCGCUCCGUUCAGCAAGCGAGUCCCCGAACGAUCACUGCCCGGGAUUGUGAAUAUCACAUUGGGCCGCAAAAAUACAAAGCACUUUUGGGAGAUGAGACUAUCCGCCAGCAUUGGCCUCGACUUUGCUCACCCGUACUCCCAUUUUGACGCAAAACCUCAAUUGAUUUUAGGUCCAGCACGGACCGACCACAGAAAAAUGGCGCAGGUCAUGAUGGAAAUGGCACGUCAUCGAGCUCAAGAACUUCGUACGACGAUUCUCUGGUGCGAUGGAAGUGAUAGUGGGCUGAGUGGACUGGUUGGGAGUGGCCAUACACGAAAACAAGUUGGGCCUGGAACCUGGGUGGAGAGGAUGGUCGCCCGAAUUCCAUCAGAGGAAGAAUGGACGCUCUAUGAACUAUAUGGUGCAUUUUUCGGGCUCCUCUGUGCCUGGGCCCCCAUUGUGCUCCCGAUGAUCCCUCUCCCAGACAUCAGGAUUACCUUCCCAGAUCCCAAGCCACGCCGGGCCAACGUAGCAGGAAGAUUGAACUGGCUCUUGCGACGAAAGCGUCCCCAAAGAGAUGUUCGUACAGGAACACUGGUUGAAAUUUAG